CUGCAACAAGCCAAUUGGCCGGGACUCGGAGCCUAGCUGGGGUAGAGGUGGGGAGGAGGCGGCCGCCGCGGCGCCGGGCCGGGCUGGGCUGAGCCGAGCACCAGCGCUGCUCGCGCAGGGUCCAGAGCCCGAGCCCGAGAAGUUGUCGCCACCGCCAUGCGCUGGGUCCGCGCGCUGCUGAAGAAUGCGUCCCUGGCAGGGGCACCCAAAUACAUCGAGCACUUCAGCAAGUUCUCCCCAUCCCCGCUGUCCAUGAAGCAGUUUCUGGACUUCGGGUCCAGCAAUGCCUGUGAGAAAACCUCGUUCACUUUCCUCAGGCAGGAGCUGCCUGUGCGCCUGGCCAACAUCAUGAAGGAGAUCAACCUGCUUCCUGACCGGGUACUGAGCACACCCUCGGUGCAGCUGGUACAGAGCUGGUAUGUCCAGAGUCUCCUGGACAUCAUGGAGUUCCUGGACAAGGACCCUGAGGACCAUCGGACCCUGAGCCAGUUCACCGAUGCCCUGGUCACCAUCCGGAACCGCCACAAUGACGUGGUGCCCACCAUGGCUCAGGGCGUGCUGGAAUACAAGGACACCUACGGCGACGACCCCGUCUCCAACCAGAACAUCCAGUACUUCUUGGACCGCUUCUACCUCAGCCGCAUCUCCAUCCGCAUGCUCAUCAACCAGCACACCCUGCUCUUUGAUGGCAGAACCAACCCUGCCCACCCCAAACACAUCGGCAGCAUCGACCCCAACUGCAACGUCUCUGAGGUGGUGAAGGAUGCCUAUGACAUGGCCAAGCUCCUGUGUGACAAGUAUUACAUGGCCUCUCCUGACCUGGAGAUCCAGGAGAUCAAUGCAUCCAACUCCAAACAGCCAAUUCACAUGGUUUAUGUCCCCUCCCACCUCUACCACAUGCUUUUUGAACUCUUCAAGAAUGCCAUGCGAGCAACUGUGGAAAGCCACGAAUCCAGUCUCACUCUUCCACCUAUCAAGGUCAUGGUGGCCUUGGGCGAGGAAGAUCUUUCCAUCAAAAUGAGUGACCGAGGUGGGGGUGUUCCCUUGAGGAAGAUUGAGCGACUCUUCAGUUACAUGUACUCCACAGCUCCCAUGCCCCAGCCUGGCACCGGGGGAACCCCACUGGCUGGCUUUGGGUAUGGGCUCCCCAUUUCCCGCCUCUAUGCCAAGUACUUCCAGGGGGACCUGCAGCUCUUCUCCAUGGAGGGCUUUGGGACCGAUGCUGUCAUCUAUCUCAAGGCCCUGUCCACGGACUCAGUGGAGCGCCUGCCUGUCUACAACAAGUCAGCCUGGCGCCACUACCAGACCAUCCAGGAGGCCGGUGAUUGGUGUGUGCCCAGCACGGAGCCCAAGAACACGUCCACGUACCGUGUCAGCUAGAAGCUGCCCCACUCACCUACACCCAGGAGAAUGGACUGCUGUCUCUGGGUCCGGCCACUGUGGUGACCCUCCCCAUUCCCAGCCCCCCCAGGUGCAGGAGGCUCUCCCUGUUGACCAGCUUCUGUCUCUUUGGAAAUCACUGCAGUGACCAGUCUGUGGUGGCCCCUAAGUGCCAAUCUCUGUCUCCAUGGAGACUCCUUGGUGGUCUCCCUGGGUCCAGUCUCUGUGGGCAAUGCCUGAGGAUUGGAGGAUGUCUCCAUCCUGAUGGGGUGUUCCAGAGAUACGUUUCCAUGGCAGUCUUCCUCUCUGAGCCCAGAGCUGCCACUUCUCUGCCAGGGACCCUCGGUCCCCCUCACUGCCCACCACCGCCCUGGCCUUCCAAGUGGACGCCCCUGCUUGCCUUACUGUCCUGGCCCAUGCCGGUACCCUGGCACUGGUCUGGUGUCAGUGUCGGGAAGGGGCCAGGUGCCUGCCACAUCUGGUGUAGUGGGAGGGGAUUCUCACCUGGGGCUCACCCCUAAAGCCGAAUAAUCUGGGAGGACACAGAGGUCAGCCGCCCAGCCUCUCCUCCCUGUCGGUAACCCCAGCAAUGUUUCUGCUACUUCCAGAGCCCUUCCCCUGCAUGUCCUCAUGUGCAUACACCUACCCAUCGCCCACGGUCCCCCCUGAGCAGACCCCAACUCCCACUGUGCCUGGACAUGGUGUGUGCUUGGGGUGGCUUUCUCCCUAGAAUGUUGUGUGUAUAUAGCUAGUUUUAUAGCCCCGGAUGCCCCUAUCCUUCCCCUUAGCACACAGGGGGUUAAAGUUGUGUGCUCCUCCCAGUGGCUAUGAUGGUGACAGUGACAUCUACAGUAAAGAGGAGAUGGAAUGAGA